AUAUAUCAAAAGUGGCCCAAUAGAAGCCCAUUAAGACCAGUUAAAACAGAGAAACGACUCUAUAUCGAACGUCACGCGCAUUACUCGCGCGUGUGACCAAGUCCCUUUCUCUUGCUUCAGCUUCUUUCUUUCCUUCCUCGUUGACUGCUUCUUCUGCAUUUCCCAGUGAGAAAUGGCGACGAAGGAACCAGAAUCUGUUUACGAGUUAAGCAUCGAGGAUGCAAAAGGGAACAACUUAGCACUCAGUCAAUACAAAGACAAAGUUCUUUUAAUUGUCAAUGUUGCUUCCAAAUGUGGGAUGACAAACUCAAACUACACUGAAUUGAAUGAGCUUUACAACAGGUAUAAAGAUAAAGGUCUGGAGAUUCUAGCAUUUCCUUGUAACCAGUUUGGUGACGAGGAACCGGGAACUAAUGACCAAAUUACUGACUUUGUUUGUACUCGCUUCAAAUCUGAAUUCCCCAUUUUCAACAAGAUUGAAGUAAACGGAGAGAAUGCUUCUCCUCUGUAUAAGUUCCUGAAGAAAGGCAAAUGGGGAAUCUUCGGCGAUGACAUUCAAUGGAACUUUGCUAAGUUUCUUGUUGACAAAAACGGUCAAGCUGUACAACGUUAUUAUCCAACUACUUCCCCUCUUACACUUGAGCAUGACAUAAAGAAUCUUCUGAAUAUCUCCUGAAUGAUGAAGCUUUGUUGCUGAAUCGUAUUGUAUUUGAUUAUGAACCUCUCUCAUUCAAUAAAGAGCCAUGACAUUGACUUGGAUUGAUUAGUUCUGUUUGAGAGCCAAAUCGGUUAUUUAGAUAAACCAGCAUUAUUAUCU